GGACAGGUCAGUGGCCCAGUCCACCUGCCCUGCAGACAUCCACCCAGGCACCAGCGGGAGGAGGAGAGAGGGCCGGCACCAUGGCUGCCCGGGUGGGCUUGCUGCUGCUCUGGGGUCUCACCCUGGGCCCAGCGAGUGAGGCGGCCGUAAUGGUUGAGACUCGGCCCAAGCUCUGGGCAGAGUCGGCCUCCCCGCUACAGCCCUGGGCCCAGCUCACGCUGACUUGCGGUGCGCGCAUGGAGACCCAGGAUUUCCAGCUGUUCAAGGACGGCGUGGCCCUGGAGCCCGUGCACGUGGAUAUCCCUGCCAUCACCCACCAGUUUGUGCUGGGAGAUGUGACUAGGGACAACCGGGGCCUCUACCACUGCCGCGCAGGCCUGAGUGGAGGGUGGAGCCAGCUGAGUGACCUCGUGGAGGUGUCAGGCACAGAGCCCCUGCCUGCGCCUCGGCUGUCUGCUGAGCCGGUGUCCUGGAUCGCACCUGGCCUGAACUGCACUCUGCGGUGCCGCGCGGACAGGCCCAGGGUGACCUUCUUGUUGAUGCGGGAAGGUGACCCCCCAUCUUCUGUGAUGGCUGAGGCGGGGCACGAAGGAGAGGCCAUCUUCUCAGUCCACCAUGCGGGCAACUACAGCUGCAGCUACCGGACGCACGCCGCGGGGGGCCCCUCGGAGCCCAGUGCCCCCGUGACGGUGGAAGAGUUGGCCGUGCCGCCGCCGCCCACGCUGGACUUCUGGGGCGACGGCGCCAGGGUCCUGCAGCCCAGCGAGCGCGUGACCCUGAGCUGCGUGGCACCCCUGCCGGAGGCGAACUUCGAGCUGUGGCGGCGCGGGGAGGCCCUGCGGGUGUCUAUGGCCAGCACCAGUCCCGACCGCAUCUUCUUCUUGCUGGAUGGGGUCGAGGGCGACGGCGGCCCCUACACCUGUCGCUACCGGCCGCCCGGGGCGGACGCGGCCUGGUCCGCGAGCAGCGCGCCGGUGGAGCUGGUGCGCAGCGACGGCUCGCUUCCGGCGCCGGACCUGCGCGCGGACCCCGCCGACCCGCGCCCCGUGCCCGGCUCCCACGUGCGUCUGCGCUGCUCGGUGCCCGGGCCCGGCCUGCACGUGGCGCUGGAGCGCGAGGACGCUGGAGGGCGCCGGCUGCUGGCGCUCUUGCGACCCGCUGGCGCCGAGGCCGAGCUCGAGCUGCGGAGCGUCUCGGUGGCGGACUCGGCCAACUACAGCUGCGUCUACACGGACCCCGCGCAGCCCUCCGUGGGCUCCGCGCCCAGUGCGCGCCUGGAGCUGCGCGUGGACGGGCCCCCGCCUGCUCCGCGACUCCAAGUCCUGGGGUCGCGCGUGACACCGGGCCGCGACGUCGUGCUGCGCUGCGAGGGCCCAGUGCCGGGCGUGGUCUUCGAGCUGCUGCGCGCGGGCGAGGAGGACGCGCUGGUGAGAGUCGGCUCCGCGCGCGCAUCGGCCGACCUGGUGCUGCUCGCCGCAGGGCCGGAGCACGCAGGCAACUACAGCUGCCGCUACCGCGCAUGGGGGCCCGUGGCCUUCGAGUCGCCGCGCAGCGCCCCCGUGCAGCUGCAGAUAUCGGGAAGCUGAUGCCGCUGUGACACGGGCUGCACCCCGCUUAGGACGCCUGAGCAUUCGGUCCCUCUUCCUCCCAGGAGUCAAUAAACGCCUUGAAAGACUG